CCAGGUGGCGCCAAAGAGAGAGGAACGAAGAAAUGCGCGCUUCGUCUGAUCGGGUUGGUCCCUCUGCGGGUGCCGUAGACAGGAAGUGACGCCACAACAAGCGACAUGGUGCUGGAGAAGAAAGGUUCAGCUCGGGUGGAGGCCGGCCAGCGCAGAGUUUUGGAUGAAGCCACCCGUCAGAGGAGACUGACGAGGCAGCUGGAGGCUCUGGAGAAAGACAACUUCCAGGACGACCCUCUUUCCUCCCUCCCUCCGCCGGGUCCGACUGCCCGUCUGCCUGCCUUCAGUGAGACAGAAGAACCAGAGAAGAAGAAGAGGAAGACGAGGGGCGAUCACUUCAAGCAGCGUUUCAGGAAAAACUUCACCACCCUGCUGGAGGAGGAGAACCUGUCGGAGAAGCCAGAGCCGAACUACCUGUCUGCCGCUGCCCCGCCCUCCUCUCUGCCCCCCCGUCACUUCUGCUGCGUCUGCGGGUUCCCCUCUCACUACACCUGCACCACCUGCGGGGGGCGCUACUGCAGCAGCAAGUGUCUGUGUACACACCGAGAGACCAGGUGUCUGAAGUGGACACUCUAAGUCCCGGCUCGUCUCCAUGGUGACGCUGGGAUGAACCUUUCAGCGGCGGUGACAUCACAGCGCACUGCGGUGCACCUGCUCAUCACUGC